AUGACACUGACUCAGCUGUUGAAGAUCUACCGACUGGUGCUUCUGCCACCCCGGAGUCUGGCCUAUUCAUCUGAGAGAAUUUCUUCCGCCGUGGGGAUCACUUUUAGCAUACCUGUACCUGCCUAUCAAGUUGAUCGUUCGAUAAUUCUGAUACUGAGCUAUGUUCAUCUUUUUAGGCAGAUGUACUACUGUUUCCCUUUCUGUGUCUCCACUGCUUUAUACAUCACCAGAGUUUUAAGUGAACAACGGCUACUUGGAAUCGGUGUAGAGCUUUACCAGAAAUCAGUCUCAUAUUUUUACGGCAUUAAUUUUGCUUUUCGAACCACGUCUGGGUUUUACGCGGUGGUCAUCGCCAUAGAGCGAUGCUUGUGUGUUGUCUUUCCUCUUCGAGCUCAGUAUCUUGUCACGACCCGCACAAUUGGAAUGAUUCUAAUAUUUUUUGCAAUAUUUUCUCAGCUUGGGUUCGCCUCUCGGCCUUUGAUAUCUGACGUGAUAACGACAGAAGCUUCAGGAAUAUCUCAGUGGAUUUUAGUUCCGUCAGACAUUUAUGUCUCUAACAAGAAUGUGAUCGACACUAUUGUCUAUACCAUUUUCCACACUACUAUUCCAUUACUUACUUUCUGUAUCGUUUCCCUAGCGACGGUGAUCACUGUUGUACACCUAAAGGCCAGCGUGUCGUGGAGACGAAGUACAAGUUGUACAAGUCUGGGGCUCAACGUCCAGCAGUUGGAGCUGACGCAGGUGUUGGUGCUGGCGUCGUGUGUCUACAUCGUGUCUCUGGUACCCGCUGUACUCGUCAGAAUAGUCCGUUUGUGUGCAGAAGAAUUUUCAAUUAACGGCAUCUACCAGAGGUAUUACGACAUCUUAAGCGGUCUGGCUAACAAAUUCCCUGUAAUAGACAGUUCUUCCAACUUCUUCAUUUAUUACAACCAUUCCUCUAAGUACAAAACUACUUUUAACAGAUUAUUUCAUGGUGGUUAUAAAAAUAAACACAUCAGAAAAUAA